CGUUCGCAAUAAGAAGGUUCGCAGCCGUUCGCAGCUCUACGUCAAGCAAACAGCUGCGAUGGCCCGUGAGAUUGGCUUGGUGGCGCUGACUCUCGUCACAUUUUUCGCUGCUGAGGGCGCGGCGAAAGUAUGGGAGCGGUGUACUUUAGCAAGUGAACUUUUAAACAAGUACCAGCUGCCACGGACUCAGCUUAACUCUUGGAUGUGUAUUGCCUGGCGUGAAUCGCGGUACGACUCUCUGCAUAUAAACACGGUAAACACCGAUGGCUCCAAAGACUACGGACUGUUCCAGAUAAACAAUCGCUGGUGGUGUACUAACAGUGAAUCGCCUCAACCAAAUCAGAAUAUGUGUAAUGUGCACUGUGACCGCGUACUAAACGAUCUUGACGAGACAGUCAAAUGCAUUAAGAUCAUGUAUGCAAAAUCAGGAAACUCAUGGCAACCUUGGAUAACAUAUCCGUACUGCCAAAAGGAGGACAUGACUAAGUUUACAAAAGGCUGCGACCUAGAGCAUACACAAGGUGGUAACCACACGGAGCAUGAUGUUCCCCACCGACAUCCGAAAAACCGAGUCAAGACAUGCCGCCACAAGAAAGGUCACGCCAAAAGGGGGCACCAUGCCAAAGGUCACCAUUAGAAGAUCAACUAUUACGAUACGAAGAGUCGCCUUGCCAAAAAGCCGACGGCCGCAAUACCCUUAAGUAAAGGGAUUAAAAACACGUGCAAUAAAAAUAAUAACACUCAUA